CUUUCCGAGCUGCUGGAAGGUGGAUUCGGAACUAAUGUGUUCCGAUUUCGGACUGUCGGGCUUGUUGACGUGAGGGAGAUCAACGGUGGGUGCAGCUGUGAUUCUCGUCUUGUCAUCUUAUUGGGUCUAGGGCUCUUCACGCCAGAUUCAGCUUGAACCAUGGGAAUCAAAGUACAACGACCUCGAUGUUUUUUUGACAUUUCAAUCAACAAUGUAACAAUUGGAAGAGUCAUCUUUGAACUGUUCUCUGACAUUUGCCCCAAAACAUGUGAAAAUUUCCGCUGUCUUUGUACAGGUGAAAAGGGUAUUGGGAAAUGCACGCAGAAGCCAUUGCAUUACAAAAGCUGCAUGUUUCAUAGAGUUGUGAAAGAUUUUAUGAUCCAAGGAGGAGACUUUAGUGAGGGUAAUGGAAGAGGUGGAGAAUCUAUAUAUGGUGGAUUCUUUGAGGAUGAAAGCUUCUCUAUUAAACACAAUAAAGAAUUCCUGCUGUCAAUGGCUAACAGAGGAAAGGACACCAAUGGUUCCCAGUUUUUUAUAACAACUAAACCUACACCUCAUUUGGAUGGGCUUCAUGUUGUUUUUGGGCAAAUCAUUUCUGGGCAAGAGGUAGUAAGAGAGAUUGAAAAUCAGAAAACUGAUCCAUCCAGCAAGCCAUGUGCAGAGGUCAGAAUACAGAACUGCGGAGAGCUAAUUCCAAAAUCUAAAGCAAAGAAGGAUAAAAAGAGACACAAGUCUUCCUCGUCUAGUGACUCUGAAAGUUCAAGUGACUCUGAUUCCUCCUCUAACUCUUCAUCUGACUCAAAGAGUGAGGAAGAAAAAUCAAAAAAGAAAAAAAAGAAACACAAAAAGAAUUCCAAGAAACAAAAGAGGGAGAAGAAAAAGCAUAAAAGGGGGAAGAAAAGCUCUGAAAGUGAAAAUGAAAAAGAAGACCAAGAUGUCCUGGUAACAUCUACUGUCCGCCCUGAGGAGAUUCCUACUGUGCCAGAAAAUAAGUUUUUAAUGAGAAAAAGCCCACUACGAACAGACGAGAAAGAAGGGAGGCCGAAUGACAGGGAAAGGGAACGAGAGAGCAAUUUACAGUCAUCUCUGUAUCAGAGAAGGCUUUUAGUGACCCGAUCUGGGAGAAAAAUUAAAGGGCGGGGGCCAAGGCGCUAUCGUACCCCUUCGAGAUCCAGAUCAAGAGAUCGUUUUAGAAGAAGUGAAACACCUCCUCAUUGGAGACAAGAAAUGCAGAGAACUCAAAGAAUGAGGUAUUCUAGUGGAGAACGCUGGAUCAAAGGAGACAAAAGUGAACUCAAUGAAAAAGACAAUCCAAAAAGCCCAGUGAGUGGAAGAGAGAGAAAACCAUCAGGUCAGAGGGUAGUAUCAGAGAGCCCUGCCAAAAGAGGUGAACGUGAAAAAAAAUCUAAAGACCACAAAUCCAACAGCAAAGAAAGAGAAUCAAAGAAAGAACCAGAGAAAGAAGAAAAGCACAAAGGGAGGAGUAGAAAAAGAACAAAAUCAGAAAGCAGGAGUGAAAGUAAAGAAAACUCAAAAAGCACCAGGGAUGCUAAACAUGAUCGACAUGAAGUGAAGGCUAGGUCAAAAAGCAAAGAACAAGAGCAUGUUGGGAAGAAAGAAAAAGAGAGGCGCUCUGAUGGUAAAGUAAAAGAGAAGGAGAGAAGCAGAAGUAAGGAGAAGUCAAAACGUGAUGUUUCAAAAAAUGAUAGACCGAGAAGUAAAAGUAGAGAGCAAGAGAAACAUAGGGAAAAGCGCGGAAAGUCACGGAGUAAAGAAAGAGAAUCUGCUAGAACUAAACACCGCUCUGACAGCAGAACAAAGGAGAGAAGCAAAAGCAGAGAAGAUAGCAGAAGGCGUAGAUCUAGAAGUGGAGAACAUGCCCGAAGAAAGGACAGAGAGGUAAAAAGGAGAGGAAGAUCCAGAAGCAGAGACGGAAAAGGAAGUCCAAGUAAAUCCAGAAAUAAAGAAAGUAAAAGUAGAGGUGACUCCAAAGAUUCAGAUCGAGAAGUCAGCCAAAGUAGGAACAAAGACUCAAAUAGGAAGGAUGAUAAUAAAAGUUCACAGAAAAAAACUUCAGAUCAUGAAAGCCAUAAAAGAAAACAUUCUAGAAGUAGUAGUCCUGAAGAUGAUAAGCAAAGCAAGAAAACAAGCAGAGAUCAUGGUAAGAGUCCAGAUUCAACAAGAAAGCUCAGUAAAGACAAAGAGGAACGGACUUCUAGACACAGAAGCAGAGAUAAAGAAAAGACAAGAUCUCAUGACAAGGAUACAGACCAAAAAUCAAGGAGCAGAGAGAAGGAAACUGCAGACUCAAGUGAGAAAAAAAUAAACAGUCAUUCAAGCCCUGUAAGUGUUGACGGCACCAAUGAAAAUAAAAUGUAAAUAUGACUCUGGGUUUCAUUGUUCUGUUUGACAUUUGGGAUAUGUAUACAGAAGGACUUUUUUUUUUUUUUUUAUUAAACAUGAACUCUUAGUUUAAUCUUUUUUUUUUUUAUAAUCUUUUGGUCUGGAAAGUUUGUAUUGCCGAAGUUUUAAUAAAUCUUCAAUGAAAAAGUAAAUUAAGUGUAAAACUUUGUCAAUAAAAUUUUAAAUACCA